AAAUCCAAUGGCGGCGCUUAUGGCAAAUUUCAUUGGAGCUUCGGACAACUGACAAUUUUUCUAUUGGUUUAUAACUGUGCCGAUCAUCCCCAUUGGUUUUUGAAACCCCAAAAACUCACGAUUUUACCACGUGCUUCACGUACGCUGCACUCAGACUGUUUACACAUGCACUCAUUCAUUUCUCACGCAGCAUCGCAUUGCAAGUGAAUUCUCAGUGUUUCCCAUCCGCCAGCCAACUUCUUUGCCUUCCUCGCGCGCUCUUUCACGCCGCGCGGAGGCGGCUUGGCGUGCCUUUGGCUGCUCUGCCGGUGCCUGUGCGGCGCCCAGGAGGACUUCCAGGCCCACGAGCAAGGCAGAGGAUGUCAUACGUGCUGCUGAAGAGCGAAGACAUGAGCCAAGACGCUCAGGAGGCCGGCGCGAGUGGCGCGGCGGGCAGCGGCUCUGGGGAUGAGAACAACGCGGCGAGCGGCGCAGAGAGCGAGGCGCUGACGACGCUGAACAGCUUCUGGCCCAUCAUCAAUGAGGAGGUGAAGCGCAUCAAGACGGUGGACGCGAAGAAUCAGAAUCUGCCGCUGGCCAGGAUAAAGAAGAUCAUGAAGCUGGACGAGGACGUGAAGAUGAUCUCGGCCGAGGCGCCGCUGCUGUUCGCCAAGGCGUCGGAGAUCUUCAUCCACGAGCUGACGCUGCGCGCGUGGGUUUACACGGAGGACAACAAGCGACGCACGCUGCAGCGCAGCGACAUCGCGAUGGCGAUCUCGCGCUACGAUCAGUUCGACUUCCUCAUCGACAUCGUGCCGCGCGAGGAGAUCAAGCUGAUCAAGAAGGACAGCGAGUUCAAGACCACGAGCAACUGUGAUCAAGGCAACCAGAUUCAGUACUACUUCCAACUGGCGCAGCAACAUCAGCAGGCGCUGCAGGGCCAGGCGCCUGCGCCGGCGCAGAUUCAGGUGCAGACGUCGACGCCCGUGACGCUGGGUGGCAUGCCCAACAACAUCAUCGUCACGUCGCCCACGGCGGCGCCGCAGGGCGCACAGGCGCCCGCCACCAACGCCAUGAUCGUGAACAACGUGCCGCAGCAGAAUCAGCCGCUGCAGGUGCUGCAGCAGAUCGUGACGCCCACGGGCGAGAUUCAGCACAUCCAGAUUCCGCUGUCUCCGUCGCAACUGAACCUGAUCCGGAUGCAGAGUGGCGCGCAGCAGCAGCCCAUCAUCAUCCAGACGGCGUCGCCGCAGCAGCAGGCGGGCCAGCCGCAGAUCCUCCAGUUGGGACAGCCCGUGUCGCAGCCGCAAGUGUCGGCGUCGCCGAUGUUCAUCAACGCCAGCGCGACGACGGCGACGGCGGGCUCGUCGACGGAAGGGUAGCAUCAGCUGAUCGUGAUGGGGCCUUCCUAUGCGGCCGGCCGAUAGCGGCGGAGGGGAAGUGUGAGGCUCAAGAAGUCGAUGCCAUUCAAGUGGUUAAAACUCUGUCACCUGUUUCUCAUAUUAAUGACUGUAGUUCGUAAGGAAGUGUAUAUUUUGUAAGGUAGUUGAUUAGAAGCCGAAAGGAGUGAUUUUGAUUGGGGCUUUGAGGGGCGCGGAAGUGGGAGUGGGAAAAAUCAAGUGACUUUUGAUGAAUUCAAGGAGCCCGAAGUAAUCAAAGGACAAACACUCCUUGAAUUGAGGCGCGUUUGCAUUGAAGAUUUCUGCAAAAGACACACAUUUAGUGUGCCUGAUCGAUGUUGUCGUAUAUUUGAUAAGAUUCAGGAAUAAGUGAGCAAUAAAAUUGAUUGAGA